AUGGCACCUCAGGGGAGACCCAGGCGAAUAGUUCAAAACCCUCCUCCUGAUCCUAUUGUUGCAGCUAUAGCAACAUUGCAGCAGACCCUGAAUGAAACCAGGGAAGCUGAUUUGAAAAGAAUCGAAGAGGCCAGAGAGCGAGAUAGAGAGCAGCUGAGAAAGGCCAGUGAAGACCUUAUGGCGCAGAAUAGGCUGGCCAAUGCUGAGAUGAUCCGACUACUGUUGACAGAGGUACGAGGAAGACCUCCACCACCUCCUCCACCGCCAGUUACACCACAUGUGCAGCAACAGGUUGCACGUGCUGCUGGUCCCGUACAGAUUCUUGAGCCUGUUGUGCUGGGGGAUGCUUCUGACUGGUGGAGUAAUGUUAGAAACUCACUUGAGUGCCAAGGUUAUGCUAUUACUUGGCCGUUAUUUGAUAGGCAUUUUCUGCAGAAGUACUUCCCUGAAGAAGCCAAGGAAAGGAAGAAGAGUGAGUUUGAAGACCUCCGACAGGGAGGCAUGACUGUGGAUGAAUAUCUGAGCAAGUUCAACUGCUUGGCAAAAUAUUCUUGUUAUGGUAGAGCUCCCCUCACUCUAGAAGACAAGGCCUUUCGAUUUAGGAAGGGUCUGAAUGAUAUGAUAGCAGACAAACUGGCUUGUCAUUGCACCAGAGAUUUUGUGGAGUUGAUCAAGCAGUGCCAGAAUAUUCAGGAGCACUAUCGUACCAGGGGGAAGGAAGCAGUGGGAAAGAGCUUCAGUGGGAGGACUACGCCCUGGAAGGGUAAGAGCAAAGGUUUGCAAGCACAGCAGAAUACCAAGUUUAAGAAGACUCCCUUUGUGAAGAAUGGAAGCAGAAUGUCUGGUGUAGGGAAGAUUCCCACUUGUGCCAAGUGUGGGAAGAUGCAUACAAGUGUUUGUCGACUGGGGCAGAAUGUUUUCUUCAGUUGUGGUCAGGCAGAACACUAUUCCAGAGAAUGCCCCAAGAAGACGGGACAAGUUGCAGCUAUGCAGGCGAUCCCUAUUCAGUAUGUGCCUACUCAAAGAGCCAUAGAGGAGCCUAUGGCGCCCACUAGUGCCAGGGUAUAUGCAGUGAUACAGCAGGAGGCAGAGAGGUCUUCAAACCUUAUCAGAAGUACUAUUCUUAUCAGAUGA